AAGAUGGCAUAAAAGAGUGGACUGUACAGAGGUGGAAGCAAGUUGUGGAAAGGCUUUGGAAAUGUAGAAAUAUUGUUUCCGAUGACCAUAAGGAAAAGAGGGGGUGCAGAGGGGAGCACUGUGAGGUGCUCCCUAGAAUAACAAUACAAAGCAAGUUAAAAAUCAAAGGAGGGAGUAAGCAAUUGUCCAAGCCUGACAAAGUCAACUUUGAAGGCAACCUGAAUUAUGCAUGAAAAGGGACACCUUUCUCUGUUUCCAAGCGCCACUGAACACCGACACUACGGUUAGCGUGGGACUGGAGCAGCAGCGGGGACCGGGUCCCCCUUGCGGUGGGCAGGACGGACUAAAUGGAACAGCAGGGUGCAAGCAAAGCCCUGAGGCGCAGCUCCUCUCCUCCCACCCAGAGGGCCGCUGCGCCCCCUCCCGGCCACGUGGACGGUCGCGCUCCAGCUCCCGCGCCCUGGGCUGACUCUCCCUCAUUUUGGCCCAGACGGAGACAGCGACAAGACCUUCUUUCUCGUGGUGUCACACCUUAAAGAAGGAGCCCUCUAACCAGAAGACAAAACCUGAUCCCCGAGCUUCGGCUCCUGCCUGCUUUCCAGGCUGCUCUCCGAGAAUAACUCACAUGGAGGGGAAAGGUGGGAACCGGGAGGCUAAACCCAAAAACGUUCCCCUAGCACGGAGCUCUCCACGUUUCCAGUUUCGUCUUGGAGGGGUGGGGGUUGGCUUUGUCGUUUUCUGCGCCAGCUCGGGUUCAGGGAGGUUUGAUGGAGGGUUCCCCAGCCCCGCCCACCUGGUCCAUCCGGCGCCACAAUGAUGAGGAUGGGCGGCAGGUAGGCGUCUCCUGGUCUCCCGCUGGAUCCCUCCCGGUCCCCGCCCCCUGCCUCUCUAGAACCGACUGUGCGGCCGCUUUUCUCCAGCGCGCGGCGCUGCGCUCGCUUUUAUCCUCCGAGCCGCGUCGGUUCGUGCGCUGACAGCCGGGCUCAGCCAGUCGGCUGGAAUUGAGUAGCAUUCACUGAAUCUGCGGCUUUCAUGACGUCUCCCUGCGUGGUCCAUCACUUUUCUCCCAGCCGGGGAUUUUUUUUUCCGCCACUCUUGCCUUUUCCCCCUUCCUUCCACUCAAUCUCCCUCCCCGGUCCCUGCCCAAACGCACACCCCUCCGCCCCUCCUUUGGCCCCCGCGCCCAGCCCUCCUCUCCGCUCUCGCCCAGAGGGAGCCAGUUUGAAGACGGCCGCACCUGGCCGGAGAGGUUGGCCAGGCGGAGGGGUGGGGAUCCGCGGGAACCGGGAAGCCAGACCCAGAGCUGGAUGCACCGCGAGGAGAAUGGAGUCUCCUAACAGCCUCCCGGGGCUGAUGUGAAAUUUGGCCAUCUGAUUCCAGUUUUUCUUUCCUUUUGUUUUUUUUAAUUUCCUCUCCUCGCCAUCCAUCGUGUAGUGAGUUAUUAAAUCUUGCUCCGUUCCAAGAGAGGAGAUCAUGAUUGAGUGAAACCACCCCGUCCGCAGCAAGAAAAAGCACAAAGAAGAAACCAUGACGAUGGCCAAGUUGACAGAAUCCAUGACUAACGUCCUGGAGGGCGACUCCAUGGAUCAGGAUGUCGAGAGCCCUGUGGCCAUUCACCAGCCAAAGUUGCCUAAGCAGGCCAGGGAUGACCUGCCAAGACACAUCAGCCGAGACCGGACCAAAAGGAAAAUCCAGAGGUACGUUCGGAAAGAUGGGAAGUGCAACGUCCAUCAUGGCAACGUCAGGGAGACUUACCGCUACCUGACUGAUAUCUUCACCACCUUAGUAGACCUCAAGUGGAGAUUCAACCUGUUGAUUUUCGUCAUGGUUUACACAGUGACGUGGCUCUUUUUUGGGAUGAUCUGGUGGCUAAUCGCAUACAUCCGAGGAGAUAUGGACCACAUAGAGGACCCCUCGUGGACUCCCUGUGUCACCAACCUAAAUGGGUUUGUCUCUGCUUUUUUAUUCUCAAUAGAGACAGAAACCACCAUCGGUUAUGGCUACCGGGUCAUCACGGACAAGUGCCCAGAAGGAAUUAUUCUCCUCUUAAUCCAAUCUGUGUUGGGGUCCAUUGUCAAUGCAUUCAUGGUGGGAUGCAUGUUUGUAAAAAUAUCGCAACCCAAGAAGAGGGCAGAGACCCUGGUGUUUUCCACCCACGCGGUAAUCUCCAUGCGGGAUGGGAAACUGUGCCUGAUGUUCCGAGUCGGGGAUCUUAGGAAUUCCCACAUUGUGGAGGCCUCCAUCAGAGCCAAGCUGAUCAAAUCCAAACAGACCUCGGAGGGGGAGUUCAUCCCCUUGAACCAGACGGACAUCAACGUAGGCUAUUACACCGGGGAUGACCGUCUGUUUCUGGUGUCACCACUCAUCAUCAGCCACGAAAUUAACCAACAGAGUCCUUUCUGGGAGAUCUCCAAGGCCCAGCUACCCAAGGAGGAACUGGAAAUUGUGGUCAUCCUAGAAGGAAUGGUGGAAGCCACAGGGAUGACAUGCCAAGCUCGGAGCUCCUACGUCACCAGUGAGAUCCUGUGGGGUUACCGGUUCACGCCCGUCCUGACACUGGAGGACGGGUUCUACGAAGUCGACUACAACAGCUUCCAUGAGACCUAUGAGACCAGCACUCCGUCUCUCAGUGCCAAAGAGCUGGCUGAGCUGGCCAGCAGGGCAGAGCUGCCCCUGAGUUGGUCUGUAUCCAGCAAACUCAACCAACAUGCAGAACUGGAGACCGAAGAGGAAGAGAAAAACCUGGAGGAACAGACAGAAAGGAAUGGUGAUGUGGCAAAGCUAGAGAACGAAUCCAAAGUUUAGUCCCCGAGCUGGGCAACUCCUUCUCCCCUCCCCCGACACAACCUUUCCUUGUCUCUCAUUCUUUCUUUUCUGUCUCUCUUCCUUUGUUCUUUCUUGAUUUCUAUUUAAUUUUGGCAUUACCAGAAAGCAAAUCUUCAAGGUGUAAAAUAUCUACCUGCCCUCUCUCAGUCACUCAGAUUGACAAGGUAGACACGGAUUUGGUUAAGGUGCAAUGUGCCCUCAUCGGUGGCCCAAGCCUGCUCUCCUCCCUAAAAACCAUACAUCCAACUCCUAGAGAUUUAACCCACUUACCUGCAUGUCUUGUCCAAUACCAGAUCACUCAAAAGAGUGCGUCAAAGAUUUUACCUGGGAAAUGAUCAGUAGGGUCUCCAGUGCCUAUUCAUUCAUGCCGUGAGACGUAGAACACAGCCCUCAAUUUUGUAGAUCCCUCUAAAUUUCAUCGACAGGGCGAGGUGCUUGUCCCAUGCGGGCAUUGCUGUUAUAAGACCCAGGUGAGGUGAAGACAAAGCCUGUACAUAUAUAUGCCUUAUGUAAUUAUUUUCUUUUGCAGUUAGUAAUAAAACCCAGCAUGUACAAAAGUACUGUAGAACAGAACUUCUAAAUAAUGUACAUAGAUGUAUAAUUAAUGUAGGUUUAGAUACAUAACUUUAGAAAUAUGAUGCAAAAAAAAAAAAAA